AUGCAAGAUGGAACUACAUUUGAAGUUAAGAAAAUGGUGGAAGGACAUACAUGUACUCGAAGUAACAAGGGUGGUAACAAGCGUGCUACUCAAGGAUGGGUUGCAAAUAUAGUUGCUGAAAAAUUGAAAUCUGAUGGAUAUGUCUCUCCUAUGGAGCUUAGAAAGUGGAUUACGAAAACUUGCAAUGUUGAAUUACCAUAUCUAAAAGUAUUUAUAGGUAAAGAGCAAGCUUAUACUGAUAUGUAUGGUAAGUGGGAAGAAUCAUUCAUGAAGUUGGAUGAAUUUAGAGAAGAACUAUUAAAUAGGAAUGAAGGAAGCAUUGUGGAAAUUGACUUUGAUACUGAUGGUGACAAGAAACGAUUCAAAAGGUUUUUUAUUUGUCUAGCAGCUUAUUCUAAAGGGUUGCUUGCUGGUUGUCGUCCUUAUAUUGCUCUUGAUGCUUGCCAUUUAAAAGGAAAGUUCACUAGUGUACUAGCUGCUGCAACGGGUAUUGACGGUAACAAUUCCAUCUUUCCAAUAGCUUAUUCUGUGCUUGAAUCAGAGAGUACACAAUCAUGGACAUGGUUUCUUGAAUCACUUAAAAAAUCAAUCGGGAUGCCAGAUGGUCUUGUGAUCUCAUCAGACAUGCAAAAAGGGUUAGAAGUAGCUGUGAUGCACAUUUAUCCUAAUGUUGAGCAUAGAGAAUGUGUACGACACUUAUAUAGCAAUUUCAAGAAACAGUUCCGUGGUGAAUUCUUCAACAAGAAACUUUGGGGUGCUGCAAAAACCUAUCGUCCUACCAAGCAUGACAGAUUAUUGAAGGACAUUGUCGAUGUAAGUCAAGAUGCCAUUACAUAUCUAAAUAUCAACCAUAAAAAGAUAUGGAGCAGAAGCAAGUUUGGCACAACUUCCAAGUGUGAUUACAUCACUAAUAAUAUUUCGGAAUCGUUUAAUUCUUGGAUUGGUGCGACACGUUAUCAACCUGUGCUUGAUCUACUUGAUGCAAAUAGAGAAAAGCUUAUGAAACGGUUUGACAAGAAGAGGAUAUUAGUGAAAAGAUGGAAUGGCGUAUUGGUUCCUAAUGCUAAGAUUCGUCUCAACGACAUCUUUAAGAACUUAGGUGAAUAUGAAGUAUGUAGAAGCGGUGAUAAUCAAGCUGAGGUGAAGUUCAAGGGAACGCGCUAG